UCACUCCAUAAUGAUUUUUCUGCUUCUCCCUUCACAUUUCCCGGGUUUUCUCAUCGAUACCUUUUCCUGUUUUCCGAGCAGUUUCUCGGCGAACAUGUUAUUCCGAUCUCAAUCAAUCCCCCUCUGAAUUCUGUUUGCGUAGAUCUGCACCGCUUGGAUUCUGCCCCCAUUAAACGCUGCGUAGACCUCCGAAUCUACUUCCCGAUCUGGAGUCCUCCGAUUUGAGCUGUAUAUCUACUUCAUCCGUUGCCGUUUUGCUCCGAUUUGCGGCUCCGUCGUGUUGGAGCUGUGAAUUAGUGAGCUGUGCUUCAGCCGCUGAAUCAUGUCGUUUUGAUGAAAAUUUCUGACUAUAGCAGAGUUUGUGUUCGUUCUCGUAUCUCAUUUUCCGUCUGAGAGCUUUCUCGGCGAGCAAGAUGACGUCUGGUGCCAGGCUACCAACCUGGAGGGAGAGGGAAAACAACAAGAGGAGAGAGAGGAGGCGAAGAGCCAUAGCGGCAAAGAUCUUCUCUGGUCUGAGAAUGUAUGGCAACUACAAGCUCCCCAAGCACUGCGACAACAAUGAAGUCUUGAAGGCUCUCUGCAAUGAGGCUGGUUGGACUGUUGAACCUGACGACUCCCCUUUAGGUGUUCUAAGUAGGAGUAGGUUUGCUAUUCCUGUCUGUAAGUGGACUUCGUAUGGAACUCCCACCGAUGUGAUGAAGACCAUAUGAUCAUCUAACACCUUUUCAUGGAAUUGAAUGUAGCAGCAUCGGUCAAUGAAGUCCUUUAAUUACUUUUUGAUAGAGCUGAGGCCUUGUAUUUUAAUACAUUUCUGUAUAUAUAUUGCAGGGGGGCGUCUUUUUCCGAUCGGGAAAUCUUGCAUAAGUUGAAAUCUUGCCUAAAUUGUUAUUUGUCAUUGAACGAGAGCAAACAACAGUACUCAAGCCAUCCACUCUGUGCUGUCGAGUUUCUUUCUUUAAGGCAAGUAUUAUUCUUUACUGAACGUUAUGAAACAUUUUGACAUUGGCAGAUGUGAAUAGUUGUUUCUUGGUCAUCUUUACUCAAACCAUUUUUAUUUAACAAAACUCAUGCUUUUUUUAGUUAUUUUACAUCUAAAUUUACUUUUUA